AUGUGCAGCAGUACGAUUGGACAAUCAGAGCUGAUUUACACAGCCAUUCAUGGCCAUACACUGACUAGAUCAGUGUAUUUCUGCGGCAGGAGUAAGGUAGAAAAGGAGUGCCCGGACUAUCACUCUUCAGGGCCAAACACCUGCUUCUUUGAUAAAGCCCAUUCCUAUCUCUGGAUGUACUACUUUGUCUUCGUGAAAGCAACAAACGCACUGGGAUCCAACGUGUCCACUGUUUUUCGGUUUGAGAUCGGGGAUAUCGUGCAAACCUACCCACCCAGAAAUUUGACCCUUGACUACAAAACCGAAAAAGCCAGCCUACCUUACCUGUUGGUGACAUGGGUCCCACCUAAGGAGGCCGAUGUGAAAAUGGGCUGGAUCACACUUCAGUAUCAGGUCCGCCUGAAGGAAGAGAAGAAGCAUGUGUGGGAGGAGCAUGUUGUUGACCAUCAAACCAAGCUGAAGUUGUUUAGCUUGACUCCCGGAGAGGACUAUGUGUUUCAGGUCCGAUGCAAGGCUGACAGCAAGCACUGGAGUGAAUGGAGCGAGGAAAGCUAUAUAAAGAUUCCUGGAGCUGCGGAUAGGAAGCAUGUACAAAUCAAUGACUGGCUGACUCUGUCCGUGGCUCUUCAUAUGAGUAAGGUAGAAAAGGAGUGCCCGGACUAUCACUCUUCAGGGCCAAACACCUGCUUCUUUGAUAAAGCCCAUUCCUCUGUCUGGGUGUACUACUUUGUCGUCGUUAAAGCAACAAACGCACUGGGAUCCAACGUGUCCACUGUUUUUCGGUUUGAGGUGGUGGAUAUCGUGAAAACCUACCCACCCAGAAAUUUGACCCUUGACUACGAAACCGAAAAGGCCAGCCUACCUUACCUGUUGGUGACAUGGGUCCCACCUGAGAAGGCCGAUGUGAAAAUGGGCUGGAUCACACUUCAGUAUCAGGUCCGCCUGAAGGAAGAGAAGAAGCAUGUGUGGGAGGAGCAUGUUGUUGACCAUCAAACCAAGCUGAAGUUGUUUAGCUUGACUCCCGGAGAGGACUAUGUGUUUCAGGUCCGAUGCAACACUGGCAACAAGCUCUGGAGUGAAUGGAGCGAGGAAAGCUAUAUAAAGAUUCGUGGAGGUCCAAGGAAAAGAGACAUGACACUGUGGAUAUCAAUUGCUGUGCUGUCCGUUAUCAUUUGUCUUACAAUGAUUUGGACAAUGGCACUGAAAGGAUGCAGGCUGACUCCUAAGAGCAUGGACAGCAGUGAGGUCUUGGUCUUCUCAAAAAUUCAGAUGGAACCAAGUCUUUCUCAGUUAUGUAAAAGCGGGAAAUCUGAAGACCUUUUGAGUGCCUUUGGCUGUCAAGGAUUUCCCCCAACCUCUGACUGCGAAGAUCUUUUGGUAGCGUUUUUAGAGGUGGAUGAUAGCAAGGAGCACCUCAUAUCCAGUCCAGAAAGGGACCCUCAAAGCCACCAUAUUAAAGUUUCUCCUGUGGACACAGACAAUGACUCUGGACGAGAAAGCUGUGACAGUCCUUUUGUUCCCUCUGAAGGAAACAAGGACCAAAGGGUCCUUUCCCAGGGUUUUGAGAGUGCUGAAAUCAGCACUACUCAUGACUUAUCUGCAACUAAAUGUCCUUGGCCAUUACAAAAUAACAAGUUGGACUACAGCGAUAACAAGUCUUUUAACUGGCCCGAUGGGAGGGCAAUGGAUAACCCUUCUCCAAAUUCAUCGUACCACAACAUCACAGACAUUUGCAAGCUAGCCCUUGGCGCUAUGAAUGUCAACACGCCAGCAUUUCUGAUGCCAAAUGGAGAAAACAGCCAGCAGGCAUACUUUAGGACAAUAGAGACCAUUGGCGAGGAGAGCCAAAACAAGCAUAUUGACUUGGCAGAUUUGCAUUCCAAGGGCGUGGACCCUGAUAUGCUCCUUUUACUGGCCAACCAGAAGAAUUCUUUAAUGCUUCCUCGAGCCAUGGACUAUGUGGUAGUUCAUAAAGUUAACCAAAACAAUGCCCUAGCAUUAAUACCAAAACACAAAGAGAACAGAGGCAAAACGGACCAAUAUUUAGCACUAGCUACGAACAGAGAAUAUUCAAAAGUGGACCGGGUAGAGGGAAACAAUGUUUUAGUGUUAAUGCCAAAUCCGGAGGUUCAGGUCAGCCCUUCCAUUGGCAAAGCUAUGAAGGAGUUUGCUCAAAAGGCCCUACAGAGCCAAACUGCGGGCUUUAUCAGACCAGCUCAAAAUGAAGGCAAUAUGCACACUGCUGGGAUGGGGUAUUUGGAUCCCUCAAGUUUUAUGCCUUGAUCUUAUUUAACAGGCAGCUCCACAGUGAUAUAUUAAGUCGGGACCAGUAGAGCGGGGUGGCAGUGACUGUACUGUGUAGACUGCACUCACAUUGGUGUCCUCAGUACUGUGAUCUGCUACAUGAAAGUCCCAGUUUGAAUGACGUUCAACUCCUGUGGCCUACUCUUAAAGCCCAACUCCAGCCAAAG